AGGUGGAAUGGAAGAAGAAGGAUGGUGUCCUGGCAAACACAGCUGCUCAUGUUAUUAACUUUGACCGCUGGCUUCACUUCGACAGCAUCACCCUGGAGGAUGUUGGCAAAGGCUCCUUACUGGGUGAAGGAGCCCCAGAACGGGAUGUACACUCUGGGUAAAACUGAGACUGGACUGUCAGGCUGACGGCAUCCCGAGGCCCAGCAUCACCUGGAGAAUCAACGGUCAGCUGUUCACAGAAGUGGAUGAAGAGCCUCGGCGCAGUGUAGCAGGCGGGUUGAUGACACUGAGAGACGUGAAUAUCGAAGACAUAGCCGUGUAUCAAUGUGAAGCCACUAAUGUGCACGGCUCCAUCGUCAUCAAUGCCUUCCUUUAUGUCGUUGACCUCACUUGUUUCCCUGACGGGGUCAUCUCUAAGGCUGUUGAUGGCGAUGACAUCAUGCUUCCCUGUGAAUGUUCUGGCUUACCGCCACUUUACAUCAUAUGGAAGCGUCAGGACACGGUUCCUCUGCUGUCAGACCCUCGUGUGUCUUUGGAGCCCAGCGGGACAAUCAAACUGUCCAGUGUCAGCCACAAUGACAGCGGACUGUACACCUGCUCUCGGGAAAACACUAACAUCUCCAUCACUGCUGAGCUGCAAGUCUUCAAUCGAACGGUGAUCCUGACGGGUCCCCAAGACGUUCGCGCCCUCCGAGGUACCAGCGUCCUCCUGGACUGUUGUUUCGUUGUAGAUCCUCGGCUGAGCGGUUACCAGGUGGUCUGGAGGAAAGGCGACCAGAAACUAUCAGACUCUAGUGUUGAUGAAAAGUACACGAUCUUUGACAACAGUACGCUCAGAGUGACGGACCUCCAAUUAAACGACACCGCUGAAUAUUCCUGUGAGGUCAUCACUGAUGUGGACAAGGUUACCGCCCACGCCUCCAUCACCAUCAUCGACCCUGACAGAUUCUCCACAAAAAACUGGCUGAUAAGAACCACCUGCACCAUCGGGCUGUUGGUUCUGAUAGUCUUCAUCAUCACAUGGUGCAAGGACAGCGAAUACAGAGGUUUGAGGACCAGAGGAAACUCAGAGGGCACAAACAUGGAGGACGUCCACUACGAGAACUGUACUCCAGGUUCUACACGUGACGACUCGACCUACCAGAGCCUCCAUCCAGCCGCCAGGGACCAGGACCAGACCUACUCCACACUCACACACCACACAUGAGACUCUCUGGAUUCACACCUGGGUUUUGUUUUUGUACUUGAAGAUUUCAGUUUUUUUACAGACCCUGGAAAUUCACAGCAGCUACACCCAUAAAUGUGCCCAUUUUAAGCCUUAAUACAACUUAAUAGUUAAGUUUUAAAAAUAGAUCACUCCCUGAAUGUUUGUUAUAAAGGAGGAAAUUGCAGAUAGACAAAAACGUCUUGGUCUCUGUCUGUCAGCCUUGUAAAACAUGUUUAUUUCCGGUGUAAAGUUGGACUAAGUCUAUGGUUUGGACUCACUGGAGCCUCAAGUGGGCAUUAGCGGAACUGCAUUUUUUUAUCAUUUUAAUUGAAAGCGCAACAAGACUAAUGAAAACAAGCCAGGCCAGCUCAUUUUUGCAUGCUCGUCACUUCCAUUUACUUCAGUGCUCACUCCACUGUGCUCCCAUGUAUUCAUCAGCUGUCUCUGCUGCUCUGUCUAUGCUCUGCUGAGCUGUGGUUUUGAUCUACUCUGCAGGUUAUGUCCAAGUUACUGUCCUAACUUGCAGGUUUAAACUUAGGUUCAUUGCUAGUGCAUGUUUCUGUGUAUGAAAAGUGCAUUUAGUCCCAGAAGGCCAUAGCCUGAUAAGAUUUUUGCUGCUGUUUGCUUUGCCCUGUUGUUUACACAGUAAUACUUAUGAUAUGCAAUAAAACAACUUCAGGCCUAGCUGUUUUCUUUAUAAAUGCCAUUAAGUGUUAUUGUACAUAUCUUAUUUUCUUUUGUAAUUAAUUGAUUUCUUUUAAUAAACAGGCAGAACUUGUAACUGAA